AACUACCAGCUUCAUUCAGGAGAGGUUAACGGUGGACUCCCCUCCGUGUCUGGCUUUUCCUCUGCCUCCACGCCGUACGGUGUCUCCAGUCACACGCCCCCCAUCAGCGGGACGGACAGCAUGAUGGGUAACAGAGGAACCACAGCUGGGAGCUCAGGAGACGCGCUCGGGAAGGCACUAGCUUCAAUUUAUUCCCCUGAUCACUCUAGCAAUAACUUCUCAUCAAACCCCUCUACACCAGUCGGCUCCCCUCAGGGCCUUGCAGGCACAUCCCAGUGGUCGCGAGCGAGCGGACAGGGUGCCUUAUCUCCCAGCUACGAAGGGAGCCUCCACACUUUACAAAACAAAAUGGAAGACAGGUUGGACGAAGCCAUCCACGUGCUGAGGAAUCACGCCGUGGGCCAGACAGCCACCAUGCCCAGCAACCACGGGGACAUGCAUGGGCUCCUGGGCUCAGCGCCGGCCCACAGCGCCGCCGUGGGCAGCCUGGGCCAGGCCUUCCCUGCCUCGGUCAUGUCCUUGGGGAACAGGCACCCGAGUCUGGUGGGAGGAGGUCACCCCGAAGACGGGUUGUCCAGCAACCCCAGCAUGCUCCACAACCAUGUCACACUUCCGUCACAGCCCAGCUCACUCCCUGACCUCAACAGGCAGCAAGACACGUACAGCGGCUUGUCAGGGGGGCUGGGGCGAAGCAGCGUCUCCUCGGGAACCAGCGAAAUAAAGAGGGAAGAGAAGGAGGACGAAGAGAACACGUCGGUGGCAGAUAACUCAGAAGAGGAGAAGAAGGAGCUGAAACCCUCCCGGAACAGAACAAGUCAAGAUGAGGAUGAGGAGGACGAUCUUCUUCCCCCAGAGCAAAAAGCCGAGAGAGAGAGAGAAAGGAGGGUCGCCAAUAAUGCCCGUGAGCGCCUGCGGGUCCGUGACAUCAACGAGGCCUUUAAAGAGCUCGGACGCAUGUGCCAACUCCACCUAAACAGCGAAAAACCGCAGACCAAACUGCUAAUCCUACACCAGGCCGUAUCAGUCAUACUGAACCUGGAGCAACAAGUUAGAG